GUUUCGUGAAAAACCAUUUAAGGAGCAAGUGAAGAAGUUCAUUUGGACCUUAAGGACUCUUACAAACUGGGAUUGAGAAUGUUUGCUCGGUUAAUUUUAGUUGAAGCAGAUUAAAUCUCAGUAACCCUGAUUUACAGAUUCCGCUACACAGGAAACUGCAAGUAAUCAAUUAGAAAUAAGUAGUUAUUUUUGUUAUAUGUGAGUGAGAAACACGGGGCGGAGGUAGUAGAGGAGAAGGCUGUGCGCUCAAUCGGGAGCGCGCAAAGAGUGCACAUUGGUCGGAUCCUGGAGGCGUGAGGAUGGAGAUCCGACCGGACAGGUUCAAGAUUGUUGCAGCCAAGACUCUCGGGAAAAUAUACGGAGCUCUUGAGAAGAAGCAGGACAAUGGCGAGACCAUCGAGCUGUCGACGGAGGGCCGGCCGGAGCUGGUGGAGGAGAAGGAGCUGCCCGUGGUGGACUGCACGUGCUUCGGGCUGCCCAGGCGCUACAUCAUCGCCAUCCUCUCUGGCAUCGGCUUCUGCAUCUCCUUCGGUAUCCGAUGUAACUUAGGCGUGGCCAUCGUCAGCAUGGUCAACAGCCACACCGUCUAUAAGGACGACAAAGAGAUCAUAGUGAAAGCUCAGUUUGACUGGGAUCCAGAAACAGUGGGAAUGAUCCACGGCUCCUUCUUCUGGGGAUACAUCGUGACCCAAAUCCCAGGAGGGUUCAUCUGUCAAAAGUUUGCAGCUAACAGAGUGUUUGGCUUUGCAAUAGUGGCCACGUCUUGCCUGAAUAUGCUCAUCCCUGCAGCCGCCCGGAUGCACUUUGGCUGUGUCAUCCUUGUCAGAAUAUGUCAAGGACUUGUGGAGGGGGUUUCAUAUCCGGCCUGUCACGGUAUUUGGGCAAAAUGGGCGCCACCUCUUGAAAGAAGUCGUCUGGCUACGACAGCCUUUUGUGGUUCUUACGCUGGUGCUGUGAUUGCUAUGCCGUUAGCUGGGAUCCUGGUCCAGUACUCUGGAUGGUCAUCAGUUUUCUACGUCUACGGAACUUUUGGGAUCAUGUGGUAUUGCUUCUGGUUCAUGGUGUCUUAUGAAAGUCCAGCAGCCCACCCCACCAUCACUGAGGAGGAGAGAACGUAUAUUGAGGAGAGCAUCGGCCAAACAGCACAAUUUGCAGUAACGAAAUUCAACACACCAUGGAGGGCCUUCUUUACGUCCAUGCCAGUGUACGCCAUCAUCGUGGCAAAUUUCUGCAGAAGUUGGACUUUCUACUUGCUUCUCAUCAGCCAGCCUGCAUACUUCGAGGAAGUCUUUGGGUUCGAGAUUAGCAAGGUUGGCCUAGUUUCUGCACUUCCUCACCUGGUGAUGACCAUUAUCGUGCCCAUUGGUGGCCAGCUUGCUGACUAUCUGCGAACUAACCAUAUCAUGACGACCACUAACGUCAGGAAACUUAUGAACUGUGGAGGGUUUGGGAUGGAGGCCACCUUUCUGCUGGUGGUGGGAUUUUCUCAUACAAAAGUUGUGGCCAUUUCAUUCCUUGUCCUGGCGGUGGGUUUCUCUGGCUUUGCCAUCUCAGGUUUCAAUGUCAACCACCUUGACAUUGCACCGCGCUAUGCUAGCAUCCUCAUGGGUAUUUCCAAUGGUGUGGGCACUUUGUCUGGUAUGGUUUGCCCCCUUAUAGUCGGUGCAAUGACGAAGCAUAAGACGAGGGAGGAAUGGCAGGGAGUGUUUCUUAUCGCCUCGCUUGUUCAUUACGCAGGUGUUAUAUUCUACGGACUCUUUGCAUCUGGAGAGAAGCAAUAUUGGGCGGAGCCUGAAGAGCAGAGUGAUGAUAAAUGUGGCAUCCUGGAUGAGGACGAGCUAGCAAACGAAACAGAGGAGCUGUAUCGCACAAGUGGGGGGGGAGGCUACGGAGCCACCACCCAGGGAGCGGAUCCCAACGGAGGAGGAGGAGGCUGGGUCUCAGACUGGGACAAAACUGAGGAAUAUGUCCAACCAGAAGGAACCAAUAAUUACCUUUACGAAGGAGGCGUGGACAAGAAGCUCACAUAAAACCAGCAGACCUUCUGCACAUAGCCUUUAGCGAGGCAGAAACAGAACAUCAGCAGCGUGGAGUUUCACAUGAUGGCAUGAAGAACUUUUGAAAGUGCGAAUUUCAAAUCGGGAGGGGACCAUUUUCAGCAAGUCUGACUGUAUUAUCAUAACUGAACUGAAUUCAAAGAGUCUCCACAGGGGAGGUGAAGACAUUAGGACAUGUAAAAUGUGUGUUUGUGUGUGCAAUGUGUACCUUGUGUGGCAGACAAUCUAAGUAAGAGUGUUUUAGGACUCAUACCCCUCCCUGCAAUAUCUCUCUCGGAGGAGUGUUGAGUUUUAGGCCUUCUGUGGCUUUUGAUGUUUAACACUGUAAUAAUUGUAGAAAUGUCUAUAUUAUCUGACAGGAGGUCAUUUGUAUGCCUCUUAUUUAUAUUCACAAGUUGUUACGCGCACAUUGGUCACAAGCGUACUUCUGUUGUUGGGUGAGAACCUACUGAGUUUCAUUAAUUGGUUUCUAAAAAAAUGUCUGCAUCCCAAUAAAGUAUGCCCCUCCACUGAAGAUAGAAAGGGAAAUAUCCAAAACCAGAUCUAUAAGGUUUUCGCACAACAUAAUGAAAGCUUUUUUCCUCUUAAAACAAUGUCCUUAAUGUGUACACUUUUAAGAAAAAGCAUGUUACUUGUGCCAAUACAGUGAAAGAUGUUGCUCUGUAGUAUUGGUUUACUUCUCCACUGACAAAGUGAUUGAACACCUGCAAAUACUUCUGUACACAGCUCUCUGUGAAGUCUAAAUAGCCCACACUGAUAUUUUUAGAUGCAGCACUUUGGUUUCCUUGAGCAAAACUGUUUUAUGUACUAGGCCUCGAACCUGUCUGCCUGCUGACAAACCGGGAGAUAAAAAAGCUUCGAAUAGGAUCGGUAUUUCACAAAGUUGUUCAAGACACUUUUAUUGUGUUUCUUUAAGACAGUUUUCUUUAAAACAUCAGGAUUUUGUUCAAUAUGCUUUACUUGUAUUAAAUGCUUUAUUGACAUUUUUCAGUUACAAUUUAUGCUCUAAGUUUAUUUAAUUAUUUAGCAUAUUACAUCGGAAGCCUGGGUGUUGCCAGUUAUGUAGCAUGUCAAAAUUAAAACGCUGGGCGAAUAAAAUAAGAUUAAUGGUACUGUA